UUCUACAAAUCGAGCCGAAAAAGCAUAAGAGAGAUCGAUUUCAUUUUUCAUGAUGCUAAGGGGCAGCGGAUUCAUGGUUCUGCACCCGGGUUCUUGGCGAAAAAAUUCAAAGAUUUCAAACUUCUUGAAGGACAAGCAACAAAGGCUGAGGAAGUGUGCAGCCCAAUGAGGGCUGUAAAGGCUGAAGUAGUGGACAGCCCAAUGACGGCUGUAAAGGCUGAAGUGUACAGCCCAAUUAGGGCUGAAUUGUACAGCCCAAUUAGGGCUGUGAAGGCUGAAGUGUACAGCCCAAUUAGGGCUGUAAAGGACCGCAUAGAGGACCUAAAGAAGAGGCAGCAAACUGAUGGGGAAGGGCCAAUGGGGAAGAAGAAAAUAAAGUUGGAAAAAAUGAGUGCGUCACAUGAUUUGGAUUGA